AUAUCAUCGGUGUUAUCAUCUCAAAAUCAAUAUCAACAAAAACCAUUAAGUUGGUUACAUCCAAAAAUAAAAUAAAAAAAUCAACCAGCUGCAUGGAUCAUCAAAAUCUUAGGACGCAACGGCAUUAAAUCCAAGAAUCCAAAGUACAUGCAAUCUGCAUUCUGUAAUUUACUAAUCUGCAGGAGAUGGGUCCUAGAACCAUAACUGCUUCCUCCAAAUACGACUUUGUCAAGGUGAAGGUGUGGUUGGGUGAUCAUGCCGAGCACUACUACGUGUUUUCGAGGUUUUUGCUCAGCCAAAUGUUAACCGUCACCAAGAUCCCAAAUCAUGCAGCUAUCAGAAUCGCUCUUGAGCUCAAGAAGCUGCUUGUGGACAACAGCCUUCUAGAUGUGUCGCAGUCCGAUUUGGAAGCUAAUAUGUUCAAGCUUAUGGAGCAGAGGGGCUAUGGGGAAGAGUACGCAAAUCGUUACAAGAUGAUGACGAGAUUUCACCAUCAAAGAGUACCAUUGAUCAUUCUUUUAUGCGGAACUGCCUGCGUUGGAAAGUCGACGAUUGCAACACAAAUUUCACAGAGGUUGAAUUUGCCUAAUGUCAUGCAGACAGAUGUGGUGUACGAAUUGCUGCGCACAUCAACGGAUGCACCAUUGGCAUCUACUCCUGUAUGGGCGCGAGACUUCAGCUCCGCGGAGGAGUUAAUUACCGAGUUUUGUAGGGAAUGCAGGAUUGUACGUAAAGGAUUGGCGGGUGAUUUGAAGAAAGCAGUGAAAGAUGGGAAGCCAAUAAUAAUAGAAGGAAUGCAUAUCGAUCCAAACAUCUAUCUGAUGGCGGAUGAAAAUAAAACACCAGACGAAUCCAGAACACACUUGGAAAAUGUGCUUGUCAGCUCAGAAGAAGGGACACCAACAGCUAACAACGCGAACAACGUAGAUUACCUGGAAGCUAUUGGCCUAGCAGGAAGUGUCAUUGAGAUUAGUAACGAAGGUGAAAGCGUGAAAGGUUCGGAGGAGGUUAAAAGUACUUCUGUUUCGAAAGAGAAGUGUGGUCCUGGACCGAUUAUUAUACCUCUAGUUCUGAAGAUGGCUGAAUUCGAUCACAAUGCAUUACUAGAGGAAUGGUUCUCAACUUUUGCAUUCAAUGACAAACUAGUCCAGGACAAAGAUAAGCUAGCAAGCAACUUAAAGAUCAUUCAGGACUAUCUUUGUUCAUUCAACUCCAAGGGAUUGAAAGUACUCAACCUGUCAACAAACACAUUCAACCCGACGUUGGACUGGCUGCACGGAUAUCUUCUCGAGCGUAUUGAGCAAGGAAUUUCGCCGAAGUCCAACGAAAACAGUAGGCAGCUUCAGGAAAAUUAGACUGCGUUCGUAUGUUAGCUCAAGGGUUCAGAAUCGGAGAAAAGAUUCGGCAAUCUAAGGGUUCUAAAGCAGCAAACCGAUUUGGAUGGCGAAGAUCAAGUGACAGGAUUUGGAGAAAUUGCCCUGGCACUCAAAAUCUGUUGAUAAAAUUUUACAAAUCUUUCAGAGUUUUUGUAUGGAUAGAUAUUUAUGCAUUUUUGUGGUGAAAUUUAUGAUUCAUUGAAGACUAAAGGUUGAGGGCGA